GCUGGGAGGUCAAGGCUGCAGUGAGCCAUGAUCAUGCCACUGCACUCCAACCUGGGUGACAGAGUGAAACCCCAUCUCAACAACAACAAAAUCUCUAAUCACAUUUCUCCAAAAACCUUCCCUUUGAGUACCGCCCUACUGCAAGAGACAGAAAUAAGGGAGAGAAGAGUGAAAGGGAUUAGAUUUCAUAGUGGGGUCCAACCUCUUGCAGGAUGACAGAAAAGGAGGUGCUGGAGUCCCCUAAGCCCUCCUUCCCAGCAGAGACUCGGCAAAGCGGGCUACAGCGGCUGAAGCAGUUACUCAGGAAGGGUUCUACAGGGACAAAGGAAAUGGAACUUCCCCCAGAGCCCCAGGCCAAUGGGGAGGCAGUGGGAGCUGGGGGUGGGCCCAUCUACUACAUUUAUGAGGAAGAGGAAGAAGAAGAAGAGGAGGAGGAGGAGCCACCCCCAGAACCUCCUAAGCUGGUCAACGAUAAGCCCCACAAAUUCAAAGAUCAUUUCUUCAAGAAGCCAAAGUUCUGUGAUGUCUGUGCCCGGAUGAUUGUUCUCAACAACAAGUUUGGGCUUCGCUGUAAGAACUGCAAAACCAACAUCCAUGAACACUGUCAGUCCUAUGUGGAAAUGCAGAGAUGCUUCGGCAAGAUCCCGCCUGGUUUCCGUCGGGCCUAUAGUUCCCCACUCUACAGCAACCAGCAGUACGCUUGUAUCAAAGAUCUCUCUGCUGCCAAUCGCAAUGACCCUGUGUUUGAAACCCUGCGCACUGGGGUGAUCAUGGCAAACAAGGAACGGAAGAAGGGACAGGCAGAUAAAAAAAAUCCUCUAGCAGCCAUGAUGGAGGAGGAGCCAGAGUCGGCCAGACCAGAGGAAGGCAAACCCCAGGAUGGAAAUCCUGAAGGGGAUAAGAAGGCUGAGAAGAAGACACCUGAUGACAAGCACAAGCAGCCUGGCUUCCAGCAGUCUCAUUACUUUGUGGCUCUCUAUCGGUUCAAAGCCCUGGAGAAGGACGAUCUGGAUUUCCCGCCAGGAGAGAAGAUCACAGUCAUUGAUGACUCCAAUGAAGAAUGGUGGCGGGGGAAAAUCGGGGAGAAGGUCGGAUUUUUCCCUCCAAACUUCAUCAUUCGGGUCCGGGCUGGAGAACGUGUGCACCGCGUGACAAGAUCCUUCGUGGGGAACCGUGAGAUAGGGCAGAUCACUCUCAAGAAGGACCAGAUCGUGGUGCAGAAAGGAGACGAAGCGGGCGGCUACGUCAAGGUCUACACCGGCCGCAAGGUGGGGCUGUUUCCCACCGACUUUCUGGAGGAGAUCUAGGCGUGCGGGCGCCUGCAAGCGGGAGACACCCACACCCCAUUCUGGGCGGGCCCAGUGGAGUUUGGGGAGGGGGGCGAAAACAACGGAACUGCUGGGAGAGGAGGGGUUGGAAGGCCCGCCUGAGCGCGACGGGGCUUCCGGGAAGGGACUGGUUCUCGCCCCGUUCCCCAGCCUGGGGCCUCGGAUACCUGCUGCCCAGAGCAGCCCGGAUCCGAAACCUUUCAGGCCCCGCUUGUGAGAGCUGGAAAAAAACGCAUAUCUACUAGCAGAAGCGAGGGACUGGGGCGGGGGGCGGGGGCGAGGGAGGGCGAACUGUCGAAUGUUGCAAGUUUUAUUAAACUUUUGACAAAACUUA